AUGGAGUCAAAAUUUUGGCCGGAGCUUAUGAAUGGUCUUGAACAACUUUUCGAAAAAAAAGAAAACUAUGACGUUAUUAUACAAGCAGGAGAAGAGCCAAAUGUACAAGAAAUUUAUGCUCAUUCUAUAAUUCUUUGCUGUCAAUCAAAUUAUUUUCGUUCUAAUUUGAAGGAAAAGAAGGACGGAAAGUUCAUUUUUAAGAAAUCAAAUAUUCCACCAAAAAUUUUAGAAAAUAUUAUCAGGUUUUUAUAUUGUGGAAAGAUUAAUUUAAGUCUUGAAAGUGCUUCGGAUAUUUUGACUCUAUUAACAACAACAAAUGAAUUUGAAUUACAUUCACUUGUUAAAUAUAUUCAAGAAUUUUUAAUUGAUAAUCAGAAAGAAUUUAUCAAAAAUAAUGCCAUGAAAUUUCUUGAAAAUAUUUUUCAAAGUGAAACUUUCGAACUUUUACGAAAUUAUUGUUUAGAAAUAAUUUGUGAUACUCCAGAGUUAUUGUUUGAAGAACAUACUUUUUUAAAAUUAUCAUCUCAAAUGAUUGAAUUCAUUCUCAAACAAGAAAAUAUUACAUCAGAUGAGAUCGGAAUUUGGAAUAACUUGAUAAAAUGGGCAUACGCUCAAAAUCCUAAUAUCGAUCAAGAUCCUUCAAAUUGGACCAAUGAUGACAUUGAAGUGAUGAAACGAACCACACAUAGAUUAAUUCCAUUGAUUAGAUUUCAAGAUAUUUCUUCUGAUGAUUAUUAUGAGAAAGUAUUCCCUUAUGAAGAAUUACUACCAAAAAAAUUAAAAGGUGAAAUAAUGCAAUUUUAUUUAGUAUCUAACGCAACAAAAAUUAUUAGUUCAUUACCAUCAAGGAGAUCUAAAUGUGAUUCAGUUAUAAUUACUAAACAACAUUUUGCUAUUUUUGCUAGUUGGAUCGAAAAGAAAAAUGAUUCUUAUUAUAACGAAAAAAAUAUUCCUUAUAGUUUCAAUCUGCUUUAUCGUGCUAGUAGAGAUGGUAACACAGCUGCAGCAUUUCAUAAUAUAUGUGAUAAUAAAGGAUCUACUAUAGUUAUAGCAAAAAUUACAAAUUCGGAACAAAUAAUUGGAGGGUAUAAUCCAUUGGACUGGAAGCCGAUUUUAAAUAAUGAUAAUUAUUAUAAGCCAACAAAUGAUAGUUUUAUUUUCUCAUUUGCAGAUAGAAAUAACUUUCAAACUGCAAAAACAGAUUCUAUACUUGGUAUGUCAGAUUAUGGGCCAAUAUUUGGUGAUGGCAAUGAUUUAUGGUGUAAAAAUAAUGGUGCCUGGAGUUGUAAUCCACGUACUUAUUAUUCAAUUGAUUUACCACGUAAUUUCAAUGCGAAUGAUUAUGAAGUAUUUCAAGUUGUUAAAAAUUAA